AUGUCCUUCGAAUGCCCCAUUGUCAUGCCAUCACCACCCAUCCUGCCUAUUGCCAUCACCACCCAUCCUACCUAUUGCCAUCCCCACCCAUCCUGCCUAUUGCCAUCACCACCCAUCCUGCCUAUUGCCAUCACCACCCAUCAUGCCUAUUGCCAUCACCACCCACCAUGCCUAUUGCCAUCACCACCCACCAUGCCUAUUGCCAUCACCACCCACCAUGCCUAUUGCCAUCACCACCCACCAUGCCUAUUGCCAUCACCACCCACCAUGCCUAUUGCCAUCACCACCCACCAUGCCUAUUGCCAUCACCACCCACCAUGCCUAUUGCCAUCACCACCCACCAUGCCUAUUGCCAUCACCACCCACCAUGCCUAUUGCCAUCACCACCCACCAUGCCUAUUGCCAUCACCACCCACCAUGCCUAUUGCCAUCACCACCCACCAUGCCUAUUGCCAUCACCACCCACCAUGCCUAUUGCCAUCACCACCCACCAUGCCUAUUGCCAUCACCACCCACCAUGCCUAUUGCCAUCACCACCCACCAUGCCUAUUGCCAUCACCACCCACCAUGCCUAUUGCCAUCACCACCCACCAUGCCUAUUGCCAUCACCACCCACCAUGCCUAUUGCCAUCACCACCCACCAUGCCUAUUGCCAUCACCACCCACCAUGCCUAUUGCCAUCACCACCCAUCAUGCCUAUUGCCAUCACCACCCAUCAUGCCUAUUGCCAUCACCACCCACCAUGCCUAUUGCCAUCACCACCCACCAUGCCUAUUGCCAUCACCACCCACCAUGCCUAUUGCCAUCACCACCCACCAUGCCUAUUGCCAUCACCACCCAUCAUGCCUAUUGCCAUCACCACCCACCAUGCCUAUUGCCAUCACCACCCAUCAUGCCUAUUGCCAUCACCACCCACCAUGCCUAUUGCCAUCACCACCCACCAUGCCUAUUGCCAUCACCACCCACCAUGCCUAUUGCCAUCACCACCCACCAUGCCUAUUGCCAUCACCACCCACCAUGCCUAUUGCCAUCACCACCCACCAUGCCUAUUGCCAUCACCACCCACCAUGCCUAUUGCCAUCACCACCCACCAUGCCUAUUGCCAUCACCACCCACCAUGCCUAUUGCCAUCACCACCCACCAUGCCUAUUGCCAUCACCACCCACCAUGCCUAUUGCCAUCACCACCCACCAUGCCUAUUGCCAUCACCACCCACCAUGCCUAUUGCCAUCACCACCCACCAUGCCUAUUGCCAUCACCACCCACCAUGCCUAUUGCCAUCACCACCCAUCAUGCCUAUUGCCAUCACCACCCAUCAUGCCUAUUGCCAUCACCACCCACCAUGCCUAUUGCCAUCACCACCCACCAUGCCUAUUGCCAUCACCACCCACCAUGCCUAUUGCCAUCACCACCCACCAUGCCUAUUGCCAUCACCACCCACCAUGCCUAUUGCCAUCACCACCCACCAUGCCUAUUGCCAUCACCACCCAUCAUGCCUAUUGCCAUCACCACCCACCAUGCCUAUUGCCAUCACCACCCACCAUGCCUAUUGCCAUCACCACCCACCAUGCCUAUUGCCAUCACCACCCACCAUGCCUAUUGCCAUCACCACCCACCAUGCCUAUUGCCAUCACCACCCACCAUGCCUAUUGCCAUCACCACCCAUCAUGCCUAUUGCCAUCACCACCCACCAUGCCUAUUGCCAUCACCACCCACCAUGCCUAUUGCCAUCACCACCCACCAUGCCUAUUGCCAUCACCACCCACCAUGCCUAUUGCCAUCACCACCCACCAUGCCUAUUGCCAUCACCACCCACCAUGCCUAUUGCCAUCACCACCCACCAUUCCUAUUGCCAUCACCACCCACCAUGCCUAUUGCCAUCACCACCCACCAUGCCUAUUGCCAUCACCACCCACCAUGCCUAUUGCCAUCACCACCCACCAUGCCUAUUGCCAUCACCACCCACCAUGCCUAUUGCCAUCACCACCCACCAUGCCUAUUGCCAUCACCACCCACCAUGCCUAUUGCCAUCACCACCCACCAUGCCUAUUGCCAUCACCACCCACCAUGCCUAUUGCCAUCACCACCCACCAUGCCUAUUGCCAUCACCACCCACCAUGCCUAUUGCCAUCACCACCCACCAUGCCUAUUGCCAUCACCACCCACCAUGCCUAUUGCCAUCACCACCCACCAUGCCUAUUGCCAUCACCACCCACCAUGCCUAUUGCCAUCACCACCCACCAUGCCUAUUGCCAUCACCACCCACCAUGCCUAUUGCCAUCACCACCCACCAUGCCUAUUGCCAUCACCACCCACCAUGCCUAUUGCCAUCACCUGCCUCCCCCCACCUCCCUGCAGGGGCUUCGCCACCAACGCUGUCCCACCCACCCACCCGUCAACACCCGUCCCCUGCAGUGGUCACCUAGAUUUUUAAAUGCCCACCCACCCAUCAACACCCGCCACUACUUCUUCCUCCUUACAGGAGCUUCGCCUCCAAUAAUCUCUCGGGCACCGUUCCACCCAACCUUGGGAGUCUCCCGCUCCUCAUGGAGCUGUGCUGGCCAGGAGCAACCCAAGGACGCACAAGCAAGCGACGGGGCAACAGAAGCCGGCGAGGUGUCGGCCAUGCCGAACCAGGCGCACAUGUGCCAGCGCUACUCCUUUGCCACUGUGGCCAAGGCGACUGACAACUGGGCAGAAGGAAACCCUGUUGACUGCGCUGUUGUGGAGGAGAUGGCAUCAAAGAGCCAUCCGCACUUGGUGCAGUUGCUGGGGUACUGUGUGGACAUCGAUAUGAUGACAGAGCACCACGAGCAGAUCGUCAUUUAUGAGUUCUGCUCCAAAGGGGACCUCGAGAAGUACCUCACUGGAGGUGAGAGGGGUCACUGGAGGUGA